AUGGGCUGCGGUGGCUCCAAAGAAGCUGUGGCCACCGGCAACGCCGCCGACGCCGGAAGCAGCAGGUGCAACCGCAAGCUCUUCCGGAGGAAAUCCAGCGUCGCCGUUGCCGCCGUCCAGCAGCCGUCUCCUGUGCCGCCGCCGCCGCCGUCCGACAAUGGCUCAGCUGUCGUUGCGAAGGGAAGCGACGGCGUGAUCACGGAGGCAAAGGACAAGGCGACAUUGACCAAGAAGGCCAUUAAGGACGAGAAGACAGAGGAGGGGAUCAAUAGCAAGGCUGAUGAGGUCGUCAAGGACAACAAACAAGUGAUCACCGUGGCGGAGGGCAAGGUGGCAUCGACCGUGAAUGCCAUCCGGGAGAAGAAAGAGGUGGGCAUUAAGCAGGAUGAAGCAGCCAUCAAGGAUGGUAAAGAAGCGAUCACCGCUGUGAAGGGAAAAGGACCAUCGACCGAGAAGGCCACAAAGGAGAAGAAAUUGGAGGCCGAGAAAGAUGAGGUCGUAAAGGACAAACAAGUGUUCGCCAAUACGAGGGAUGACGCGGCAACGACUGAGAAUGUCAUCAUCGAGGAGAAAGACGAAGAUAUCAAGAACGAUGAGGUUGUAGAGAUAUCCACCGAGGCAGCCAUCGAGAAGAAUAAAAAUGACGAGGGCAACAGAGAGAUGACAAUUGAGGAGAAUGAUGAGGCUGCAUCGACCGAGAAUGACGUCGAGGGGGACAAGGAGGAAGACAGUGUUACCUUCCCAGUUGCCAUGGUGACCGAGGAGGAGGGCAGUAUCACCUUUGCCCCGGCGACCAACGACGAUGACAGUGGCACCUUCGUGGCUGCCCAAGCGACCAAGGACGAUCACAGUGCCAAAUUCCUGCAGGUCGCCCAAGUGACCGAAGAAGAUGGGAGAGUCACAUUCGCGGCCAACGACAACGACGGUAUCACCUUUGCGGCUUCCCCGGAGACCAAGGACGAGUACAUGGUUACCUUCGCGGCUGCCCCAGUGAUCAAGGACGACGAUGACAGUGUCACCUCCGUGUCUGACCCGCCGGUGGCCAAGAAGGAAGAGGUGGCAGAGCAAACUGAGCCUUCUGAGGAUAACGGGGAAGUAGAAAAUGAGGCAGAGUUGCCGGAACCCACUGUUGUUAAGGUUGGGGAGGUGGUCACCGACGUCGAUGGCGGAACGGAAGCGGAGGAGGUGGUGGCAGAGCAACCUAAGCCUUCUGAAUAUAAAGAGGAGGAAGAAAAUAAGGCAGAGCUGCCGGAGCCCACUGUUGUUGAUGAGGUGGUGACCGAAGUUGACGAGGCAAUGGAAGUGGAGGAGAAGGUGGACACAGUUGAGGAGAUCAAGGUCGAGGAGGAAGAGGAGGGUGCCUCCAAGGAGCCAGAGGAGGAGAAACCUGGUUCUGCUAUGAGAGAUGAGGAUGUCCCAUGUGCAGGGGAAUCAGAUAGGAAACAAACCAUUGAUUUGAAGGAGGCCAUAACCACUGACGAAAAGGGAGAGGAGUUGGCUGUCCCAGAGAAGAAGAAAGAUGAAGAAAAGGCUGCUACUCCAAGUGAAUCGGCAUUGAAUUGAAAAUGAGAUGUAUCAUGCCAUAUCAAAUGUGUGCUUCAUGAGUGUUCACUGUGUCCUAUUCAUUUUAUUCACAGAAAUUGUACAUGCAUAUGUCUUCUUACUUGUUACUAUUACAUGCUUAUAGAACAGAUAGUGUGACUGCGAUCCUGUGUAAAAUAACGUUAACAUAUUUAUCUAAAAUUACCGGUUU